AUGCCUGCCUGCAUUUGCUUCCAGAGCAAAUCAACGAUGGCCAUAAGCUCCACUCCAGCAGAUCCUGACCUGAUUGAGAUGAUAGUUGAAGAUGAAACAAUUACUUUUAGCAGAUCUCUCUUGAUGCAGUGCAGCCCCUUCUUUCAGAACACGUUUAAGGAUGGUCGAGCAAGAAAGAAACGGGUGGUUGUCUCUGGAGUGAGCGGCCAGACGUUCAAAGACCUUCUGGAGUACAUGAAAACUGGAAAGCUGGAGUUGUCCUGCAAUAACGUUGCAGAGAUAUUUCAUGCUGCCUGUAAACUGCAGAUGCCAGACAUCAUAUGCCGGUGCAUUGAAAUGGAAACUCACACGAGCCCAAUUGGACGGCAAAUUAUCCUCUACAAAACAGCCAAACGCAUGAGCAUUCCGGAGGAAAAAAAUUCAGCAUUUCACCACCUGAUCUCAAAUUUUUCGCUGGUCUCAGAGUCCAAAGAGUUUUUGGAGCUUGAUGCCAAGGAUGUGUGUGAACUGUUGUCGGCCGAUGUCCUUGGGUGCAGGGGAGAAAUGGAUGUGUUCAGUGCAGCUUGCCAUUGGAUAAAUCACAAAGUGCACCCAAGGAUGGCCUAUGCGUCAAGGCUUAUGCACUGUGUGCGGUUUGCCCUUAUGAACCUCAUUGAGCUCAACCAGUGCCUGGAAACUAAGACGCCACCGGGACUUUCCAACAUCCGCAGUGUGCGAAUCAUGAUCCUCAGUGCUGUUUGCUUUUGGGUUGCCAAGGCUGCUGGAAAGGAAGCAGAAGUCAGCCAUCUUGCACGUAAAUCUCGUCAGUACAAGGUGCUAUCUAAGAAAUCAUCUCUAAAGAACACUGAUCAUCAAGGAACUCUCUUUCUUAUCGGAGGGGCAGAGCGAGAUCUUACCGAUCGUGCGCCAUCAAACUGUCCCAUCCUCAGCUACGACGUAAAGACUAACAGCUGGAACCCAAGAAAAACGCUCCCAGUUCAUCGCUAUGGCCACAAAGCAGUCUAUUUGGAUGGCCACAUUUAUAUUGUUGGUGGAUUUGAAAACUUCAGCCCCGUAAAUCUUGAAAAGACUUCCAGCCGUUGCUGUUUUUGGUAUGAAGUGAGUCGUGGACAGUGGGGGAUCAUGGCACCUCUCAACUCUACCAGAGCAUAUCAUGGUCUCGCAGUACUUGGAAAUUCCGUUUAUGCUGUUGGGGGUGUGGACAGCAACAACAGACUCCUUGGGUGUGUGGAGCGGUAUGACAAGACAAUGGAUGAAUGGACCAAACUGAGCAGCGAACUGUAUUCCCCAAGGAUGGCAAUGGGGUCGUGUGGACACAGGGGACAACUGUGGGUGGCCGGUGGAAUUGUGCAAAUUGGCCGGAGAACCUGCUCCACUGCAUACGUCGAAGUGUACAGUCCCGAAGCUGAACGGUGGUCUUUUGCAGUCAACUUUCUGCCAUCCCCAAGGAGUUGCUUGACAUUGGUGGAGUGUGACGGAAUUCUCUACGCUGUUGGAGGUCUUCUGAGCCAUAGGGCGGGCAAACAGAGGAGCUUCACAACUGUGGAAGACAUGCUUGUACUUGUUGACGACCGCAAUGCAUGGGUCGACAAAACUCCAAUGCCUAUGGCUAGACACAGUGUUGUCACCACUACCCAUGAUGGUUUGGUUUUUGUGUUGGGAGGAAAACAAGCUGAGAAGCCAGAAUGUCGCUUUGACAGCAUUCUUGCCUUCGACACAAGACAGGACCAAUGGUUUUGUUUGGGAAAUGUGCCAAAAAAUCUCUCCGAUUACCACUGUGUCCUCGUGCCUCCAAGGCGGCCAUAUGAAAACUUGAGACAACUCCUGACGAGUCGUGGAGACCACACACUGGCUUACAAAAUUACCGACAAGCUUUCUAACGUGGCUGCAGACGUAAAAUCAUACUCACAGGGAGAUGUUGCUCUGAAGAAAAACCUGAGCUGA